ACCAGUUCCGCUCAGUCUGCGCGAGGAUCCCGGCUGGCUCGGUAGUGCGAACGAGAGCUUACAGGACACAUACAUUCAAAGCAGCGCUCACAACACAACACCUGACAGAAUUAUGAACGGCGUCAACGGAGGUGUCAACGGCCACUCCGAGCUCGGCUUGGAGCGCGGCUGUUGGACCAUCGGACUGAUCAACGCGCAGUUUAAAUACUUGACGGCCGAGACGUUCGGCUUCAAGAUCAACGCGAACGGCGCCUCGCUCAAGAAGAAGCAGAUCUGGACGCUGGAGCCGUCCGGCGACGGCGACACCAUCUGUCUGCGCUCGCACUUGGACAAGUACUUGGCCGUCGACACGUUCGGCAACGUGACCUGCGACAACGGCGAGAAAGACGUGGGCAGCAAGUUUGAGAUUUCCAUCUCGCCCUCCGGCGGCCGCUGGGCUCUGAGGAAUGUGGCCCGCGGUUACUUCCUCGGCGCCGGCUCCGACAAACUCAGCUGCACUGCCAAAGCUCCAGGUGAUGCCGAGCUGUGGACAGUGCACUUGGCCGCUCGUCCGCAAGUGACUCUGCGCUCGAUCGGCCGCAAGCGAUUCGCACACCUGUCCGAGGGCCAGGACGAGAUCCACGUGGACGCGAACGUGCCGUGGGGCGAGGACACGCUGUUCACCCUCGAGUUCCGCGACGACAAGUACGCGGUGCACUCGUGCAACAACCGCUACCUGCACCGCGAGGGCAAACUCGUGUCCACGUGCGGCCGCGACUGUCUCUUCUCGGCCGAGUACCACGGCGGCUUCCUGGCCCUGCGCGACUCGGCCGGCUACUACCUUUCGCCCAUCGGCUCAAAGGCCAUCCUCAAGAGCCGCUCGCAGUCCGUCACCAAGGACGAACUCUUCUCGCUCGAAGAUUCGCCACCGCAGGCCAGCUUCGUCGCCUCUCUCAACGCCCGAUACGUCUCUGUCAAGCAGGGAGUCGACGUGACUGCCAAUCAAGACGAGGUGUCUGACGACGAGCGCUUCCAGCUCGAGUACGACCAGAGCACCAAGCGUUGGUACAUCAGGACCAUGAAGGACCGCUACUGGACCCUGGAAACCGGAGGUGGCAUCCAAGCCAACGGAGACAAAAGGUCUUCAAACGCCCUGUUCGACUUGGCUUGGCAGACUGACGGAUCCGUGGCCUUCCGAGCCAACAACGGAAAGUAUGUGGGCACCAAGAGGUCAGGCCACUUGUACGCCAACUGCGACACGGUUGAGGACACCUGCAAAUACUUCUUCUACCUGAUCAAUAGGCCAAUUUUGGUUUUGAAAUGCGAGCAGGGCUUUGUUGGUUACAAGAGCGCUUCUUCUAACAAGCUGGAGUGUAAUAAAGCCACUUACGAGACGAUCUUGGUCGAAAGGGGAGAGAAGGGCAUCGUCUACUUCAAAGGUCAAAACGGCAAGUACUGGCACUCCGAUGGCGAAAGCGUCACUGCUGACACCGACACCCCCGAAGGAUUCUAUCUGGAGCUGCGGGACCCGACCAGGAUUUGCAUCAAGGGAGUCAACGGCGAGUACUUGCAGGCCAACAAGAAUGGAACCUUCCGUCUAGGAGACAACGACUUUGAAACGGCCACGAAAUGGGAGUACUAAUUAGUUGAGUCGUUACAUAGAGAGAAGAAGCCAUUAACAGUAUUUGCAAUUAAAACAAGGGAGGCAGGAGCAAGGGACGUACGUGUUAGUAAAAUGGCUGAGUAAAUUAUUAUAUCCAACCAAAGCUGCUGAUGGCCGAAAAUUUAACUUAUUCUGUUUUAACUGAAUUUGCCACAAGUACUUACAAGCAGUCUCCUUUUAGACUAAUCAACUCAAAACGUUUUGAAACUCCACGAGGACCAAAUUGAGCCAAAUUUUUGCCUGUUUUAAAGUAUUAAGUGUCUGAAAUCAAUUCCGUGCAAAUUCGCAAUCUGAGGCUGAAAAGUACUUGUUUUUGUAUGAGAACGAUCUAAUCCAUAUAAUUUAUUUAAAACUUUUGAUACAGAUAUAUUUAUACUCUCUCUCAUCUCAUUUGGCACAAAGUAAGCACAUUUUAAUUUACACAUAGUGUAUGGUUUUACUUUUAUAUAUUUAAAAAAAGCUACAUGUUAUUAUUUUGCAUUAAUUGAGUCCACAAGUCAUUUUUGUAAACGUGAUUAGUCCUCUAGUGUGGAUAAGGCUAUAGCUUGGAAACAUGAUGAUAUUAUCUUAAAUAACAUUAAUUACUAUCACACACAACACACAUCUAUACACACACUCUUUUGGUACUUGCAUUUACGGACCGUUUUUGAGCUUUCUGAUAAAUUUUGAACGGCAAUCCUAAGUAUGUUGGAUUUUGUCAGGCAUUCCUUUCCACCAAGCAUUUGCAUACAGGAAGGCAGUUGUUGUCCCAAAACAAUUAAAGAGAGAAUGAGCCGAUUUGAUUACACAGAUUUGACUGUCACUGCCUUCGCUAAUUAAAAUUUUUGUACUCGAAUUUUGUACGCAGGGAUUUGUAUUUUGGAAGAAAAAUAUUGAGAUAUAAAAGUUACUUUCACAACUUUGAAAAGUAAUUAAAUAAAUACUUGUAUCUGUGUACGUAGAGUUAGAAAAAAUGAUUAAGGAGGGCUAGCCCUGACUUAUCGGAUUCCAGAAAUUGCAUUUUUCGUGAGAAUUAAGCUCAAAAUACAGAACCCUCUGUCAGAGGUGUAAAGAAAAUACAAAUAUUUGAUGUUGCCCAAAUUUGUUGCGGAAUCAGAAGAAAUUAACUGAAUGUAACCAGUGGAUUUUUAGAAGAGGUGAAAUUCGUACUUGUAUAUUGUGUAAGAAAAAAAAAAACGCAUAGGAAAAGUGAUGAUUUUUGUAAUAGAGUGUGAUUAUGCAGAUUGUAGCGUGUAUA